AUGAAGAUAGCAGCUGUCGUUGUGUUCCUCGCUCUGGGGCUUUUCUCCAGCUUUCAGGAUGCUACUGCUCAGGAUGGUAAGCCACAGGGUUUCUGCAGUGAGUUCCGGAAGCCACCUUCUAUCUGCACCAAGGACCUCAACCCGGUCUGUGGCACUGAUGACAAAACAUACAGCAACAAAUGCUCCCUUUGCAAAGCAGUGUGGGAAAACCUUGGAAGUCUUUGCUUUAAGCAAGAAGGAGAAUGCUGA